GACGCGAUGUUUCCUGAUCAGCCUUUGAAGUGAUCCACGGAGUCCCCCUUGGAGUUUUGUGCUGCGACGCUGGUCUGCAGUGCUGUGUGCAAGCGAUGCCACCAUUGUUGUCGUGGUUUUGCUGAUGCUAGUACUACAGGUUGAUGAGGCAAAAAGCAAUAACCAGAUUCCUCUUCUAGGAUGAUAUGCGCUUUGCUUAAACCGGCGAUCCAAGCAGAGAGCGGGAGAAGAUUACCUGGUGGAAACCUUGUGACAGAGAAUCUUUAUGAGGAUCUGGGACAAAAUCGACGUAUCUUUUAUGUGAAUUUUGAAGGAUUGACAGUUGAUUGUUGAUCCUGAUCGAGCAGCAGUUUUUUCGUGAACUGUGACUUUGCGAUGGACCACUUUCAGCGGAAAAAAAUUCAAUCGUCAUGAACAGAGCGUUCAUGCAAAUUUUGAAUCAGAUGGAGCAACACAUGAGACUCGACGUCAAGGUAGAAUUGCUAUGUUGCAUCACUUCACAACACGCGAUUCCAGGUGUGUUCUAAAUUAAUAAAUCACUGGGUCCUGUGGAAGUGAUUUCAAGUUGCUGCCGAAGUUGCUCUCACGUUCUCCUGGUCGGGACCUUCUUCUGCCUUUUGACCGCACUUAUUAUGGCGUUUCAAAUUAGAUCCAAUGUAUACCUGCGAAGACACUGUCUGGGAGGAAAGCAAAGCUAGGUUUUCAAAAGGAUGUCUGAUCUUCAUCGUGAUGCCCUAUCUGAAGAUCCGAUAGAGACAAUUGAGAGAGUAUUCAUCAUGCCUGAUAACUCAGCUAGGUUUAUCGAGCGAUUCAGAUGUCAGUCGUUUCCAUAAAGGUCGUAACCCCUGAGAUAACCGAAAGGCUACCGCCGUCUCGUAUAUAUAUAUGAGCCGAGGAGCAAAGGAGUCCAUAUCUUGCACUCAAAUACUUGGCAAUCAAUAGUGUCGAGCGAUCGAGAGGUUCACUAGUAACACGCUUGAAAUGGCGUAGGAAUGAGGAUGAUUCUGCAGGCCAUGUCCAGCCGAUCCUAUCCCCAGCUCAAAGAGUUCUCGAUGUAAGAAAGGAUAUGUGGCUGCAGCUGGGCAGAUUACAUAUCCUCUGAAGGACCUAAAAUAAGCAUCAAGUCAGUAUGGAGUCCUCGAGGAGUUUUUGGAAAAGGUUCUGGAAAGGCAGCAGCCACCGAAGGAACAUGAUGAACAGAUGGAUGACCAGGCGAAACCGCAAGGAGAAAGGAACCACCACAGCGAUUGGAACUGUCCUGCAGAAGGAAAAGCUGCCGCUAGAAGCCGUGGAGCGAAUACUUUCUCAAUUGCCUCUACCGGCUCUUGUCCGCACAUGUUGCGUCUGCAAGCAAUGGCAUGCUCUCAUUUCGUCCCCAAGGUUCCUGCACGCACGAGCUGAGAUUCCAUCUGUGGCAAACACACCCUAUUUUCCUGUGGUGUUCUCUCGAAGCUACGGACGCAAAUGCUGUGCUUUCGACUUCUCCACCCACCAGUGGCAGCGUCUUGCGCCGCUGAAUUUUGUACCUUACAGAGUGACCUAUGUGGCGGGCGCCGGGGGCCUCUUCUGUCUCCGAAACUGUUUUGAGCUACUGGUGGUGUGCAACCCCAUCACCCGGCAGUGGAAGAAUCUGCCAAGGUCGACGGGGCAACUCUGUGCCAGCCAUUCCCUAAUCCACAUGGUCUUGGACGUUCCGUCGACGUCGUACAAGAUCAUCACGAUCUCGGGAUCGUGCAAGACCGAGAUCUACGACAGAAGCUCCCAGAAGUGGGACAUCACCUCCAACAAUUUGCCGCCAGGGGUGACGAGCAUCCGGGGCCGAACAGCAGCCUUCUGCAACGGGUUUUUAUACUGCAUUGUGGACGAAGGGAUGGGAUCCAAGCUGAGCGGCAUCAUAGCCUACGACCUCCAACUCGCGAUGUGGAGCUCCAUGCUGAUAGUGUUGCCUUCAGGCUUCGGCGAGGCCAGGUCUUCGAACUCCCUGCAGCCAGGCAGCCUAGCGGCUUCGUUGAUCGAGUGUCGGGGCCAUGUAAUGCUAGUUGCGGAGAAGAUGCAGCUAGGCGCUACUCUCGUCUCCAUUUUUGAACUACAGCUCACGAACAUCACAUGGAUUGAGGUGGCGACACUCCCUCACGACCCUGCGUCGCCAUUUGAGAGUUUCAAGCAUGGCUUGCGGUGUGACGGCGUGGUGGUCCACGGGAACGUGAUAUGCUUGACGAGCCAGAGCGGCGACAUGGCGGCGUUGGAUGUGUCCACCCUAACGUGGACACGGCUACCCGAUUGCCCUCUCGUGCUCGGGAAGAACGCCGACAUCGACAUCGCGGUCUUCCCCUUCCUCCCUUCCCUCGAUGCCCCCGUGUAGCCACUCACUCCGCACUUCCUUAGUAAUUCCAUGGCACUCCUGCGGUGCUUGCUUGCUUGCUUUGCUACCCCUCUCUCACACUUCGGUGACCGAACCCAUUUUUGUCGGGACAAGUUUAACAUAAAUUUGUCUGUAUCAAUAUCGUUUGCAAAACGUUUUGCAAACUUGAAAAUGAAGUGGAUGUAAAAUUGUGGUUGUAUGUGUGACAGUGUGAUGUGCAGAUGCUUUUAGAUGUUGCGUGAUUUGUUCAUGACAUGGUGUUCAUGUUGAAGGCUAGAUUAUUCAUAUAUUGAAUUACAUGAUCAAUAUAGUACAUAGUAUCGUACUUUGUAUAGGUGACUCAUACAAGAUAUGUAUUGCAUGAGUUGCUGGUCACUAGUAGAAUGAGUCAUUGCAUUUUUAGAAUAUUUACUGAUAAUAUCAUUGAUAGUAUUAAUAAAUUUGCUUAAGGUUGCAUUAGGACUGUCAUUAGAUACUAAAAACUUGUUUCUAAAAAAAAAAGAAAAAGAAAAAAAAAAAAGGGUAUUUUAUGUAAAGAAUGUGAGUGUUAUUUUAUAUUGUACAAA